AUGGCUCAAAGGCACAACUCGUGGGCUCCGUCGCCGGCAUACGGCCAGCCCAGGCACGCCGGAGAAGCCUACCACUACGAAGCCGAAUCCCCGCGUCUUCCUCCCCCGUCUGGGCUUCUCAACGGAGGCUCGCAACCCAGGCCAAUGUCACAAGACCAGCAGUACCGGCCAGACUACUAUCAGCAACCCCCAUCCCCGAGCUACCACCAGCCGCCGCCGCAGUAUCAGCAUUAUCAGCCGCCGCCUCAACCGUCCAUGGUCCACGACCCGUAUCGAACGCCAGUGGCUCGGUAUCCUACUCAGGAGUCGCCGCAAGCCGCCCCGCCAGCCGCCAAUGAGCCGUAUGAUGAGUUUCGGGAAGCAAGAGAGCAGCACAUGAUGAUGCGGAACCAAGCUCCAGCCCCGCGCGUCCAGAACAGCAACUACGACGGCAAGGUCGCCAUUCCAUUUACGCCGCCCGGCCUGAGAAUCCCCGCGGUGCGUUCAGGAUCCGCCGUUCCCGCUGGCGGGCCGUGGAGCGCCACGAGCCAGUCGGACAGGGCGGUUAAGAUUGAAGACCUCUGCCACGGCGUCUCGAAUUCUGUGAAGAACGAGUUUGCCCCUGACCAAAAAUUCGCCCCGGAUCAGAAGUUUGCACCAGACCAGAAGUUCAUGCCAGACCAGCCCGCACCGCCCCCGAACGAAUACGAAAUCUUCUUCCGACAGCAGCCCGUGGCGGCGAGGUGCUGCGGCUAUGGAGAGAGGGACCGCAGAGUGAUCGACCCGCCGCCAAUCGUCCAGCUGCGGAUCAACAACCCCAACCUCACGCCAGACGAGAUGUACGACCGAAUUCACUUCCCGUCGUACGUUGUCCACUGCAGCAUCUGGGACAAGGAGGGCACCAAGGACGAAACCGACAUGCCGCCAGAGUACGUGCGGCCGGGCAAGCGCAUCAUGGGGUCGCUGGUCUCCUCGCCCUUUGUCGGAAACGACGAGAACGGCCAGGAGGGCUGCUUCUUCUGCUUCCCGGACAUGUCGGUCCGCACGCCGGGCCACUUCCGCCUCCGGUUCUCCCUCAUCGUCGUCCACCCGACCCACAGGAGCCGCACGGCGCCCAUCAAGUCCACCAUCAUGAGCGAGAUCUUCCAGGUCUACAACGCCAAGGACUUCCCCGGCAUGCAGGCCAGCACGGAGCUGACGAAGCGUUUGAAGGAGCAGGGUUGCCUCAUUUCUAUCAAGAAGGGCAACGAAAAGUCCGGUGGUAAGUCACGUCGUCAAGAUGACAGCGAUGAAGACGACGAGGAGGGCGGGUCGUCGAGCAAACGCAGAAAGUCAAAGAAGCAGCGGUGA